AUGGGGAACUGUCUCUCUAAGAAGGCGCAGAGUAGACAACUAGGUGGAUUCUCUAGUGAAAAUCAGAAAAACACUAGUAAUCCAAGUAAUACGAAUGGUACGCCUAAUAGAGAGUUAGCAGCGAAGGCUGCAGAGGAGCGCAUCAAAGCGAAUGAAUCAAGAGGGACAGUACAGGGUGGUGGAUCAAUGUCAAUGAAAUUAUCGCAAUCUAGACGGAAUUCCAAGCCAAUAAUACCUCCAAUCGACAAGUCCGAGCCUUUAGUGUGGGAUUAAACCUGAUUUUUAUCUUUCUGUACUUUUUAAUUUCUCAGUCAUCGAUGCGAUCUUUUGUUAG